UCUCGGGCUUCGGCUGGGAAUAAAAGUGGAUUCGUCGAAUAUCAAGUUAAACGUCUACCGAGCUAGAUCGACAAUUAUGGGGGUGUUUAUUGUGACGGUGUGCAUGCUGGUGGCGGGAGCCAAUUCGCUGCCGGCUCAAAUGGAGAGGAUGACAGUGUCCAAGAUGAAGAUGUCCGACUUGGAGACCUCGGCGACCGGGUAUUCCUACGAUCGUCAACAUGGACUUCCGGUUUCUUAUGUUCGAUACAGCGAUCACGGCAGUGGACAUUAUUACGACGCACCUGCACCGGUAUCGUACGUGGCUACCGUACCUGCGUCUGCACCCUACGGAACGGAAGCAGUUCGCUACGAGCCGGCUGUGGUCUACGUUCAGCAAGAACCUGUUGCCUAUGUCAAGGAUGAGCCCAAUCGUGCCUCGUACGUGAAUCAUGCUGGGUAUGCACCAGUUCAGUCCGGAUACAUUCUGCCAGUUGCGCCGAAGGAGCAGGAAGCUCUUGCACCUUAUUACGUGCCUGCCAAAGUUGAUGAAGUCCCGUACCAGGUCCAAGGUGCUAGUGAAAAGUAUCACGAUGACGAUGAUGACGAUGAUGACGAUGAUGACGAUGAUGACGAUUCUGAUGACGGAUACGAACAUGGGGAUAGUCAUCAUCAUGGUCACGGUGACUUUGAAGUGCCGACCAAGAACUAUGGCUUUCAAGGAUUUGACAAGCCCAGGAAGAUCAUUGGCCUUGAAGUCGAACUGCCUACCAAGGUUGUAUCCGAACUUGGUGGACCUUACAAGGCGGCUUUAGAUGCGUACCAACAUGGCGCCGGUAAAGAAUACGCAGCUGAGGGACAUGCCGCUCAUGGGGAAAAGGGCGAGAAGGGUUACAAGAAUCAUCAUCGGUUCGACGAGGGUCAAAAGGGCGAGCACGACAGCCAACAUCACAAGGGUCAUUACGAUGAAGAGGGAGGUCACAAGAAAGCUCACAGCGAAGCCGAAGGUCAUUACGGCCAUCACAACGAGGCGGAAAAGGGUGAGAAGGGCGCAAGCUUUGGUCAUCAAGCUCAUCACAAGAAGGGUCACAAGACCACUGGAUUCCACAAUGUCUAUCGCAAGGACGAGUACAAGAAGGAUACGGAUUUCUACGACGAAGAUCACAAAGGCGGACACUACGACAAACAUGCAGCCUUCGAUGAGCAUCAUGCAGCUGCCGAGGGCGCUCGCAAAGAGGGUGGCCAUCUUGAUUCUGCUCACGAUCAAGCCGAAGGGGGCAACGAGGGCCACUUCGAGAAAGGGCAUGAUCGCAGCGCCGAGGAAGGUCACAAGGGUGAAGAGGGCGAAGAGUCCUAUCACGAACAACAGGCUGAUUACGCUUCUAAGGGUGAAAGCAGCGAGGCCAAAGAACAUGGCUACAGCAAAGGUCACGGUCACCAUCACUGAUUACGUCACAUCCGCAAAACACGACCAACUCUAGUUAUACCUGUUGUUUUUGUAUAUACAGUUAAAUUUACUAUAAAGUAAUAAAUUGCAAAAAAAAA